CCUCUUCCCCAGCACCCUCCACACGUUCCACAAGCGACACCAGAACCUUCUCGCCAACUCGUCUUCACCAGCCUCGCACAAGCCGAAACUGCCGCAUCUUCGCUUCCCUUCAAGCACUCCUGGACCCCUCGACCCGACUUUUCCAUUCCAACAACCCAAGCAGAACAGGUGUUCUGGAUUGCUGAGCUGCUUGAUGCGAUGGAAGACAUAUCGGCUUGCAAUGAAGACACCAACCAGUCCUCCUUCCGCAAGCGGUGGAUAACUGGGCCGGGAAACGCGGCAUACUAUCACCCUGAAGCGAUGGAAGCAGUAUGUUGGAAGCUCGUGAAUCUCACCAUCUCCCUGCACACCCGCGGCACAUCCUCGCUGCAAAUCUACGACCCCAACGCCCUCGCAUCCACCAAGAUGGACAAAGAACUGACCUUUGAGCAGCGCAUGGAGGCGAUUUGCGGCCUCCUUCGUUUCUCCAAGACACGCUGUGAUAAGUUGAUGAAGGGUGAAUUCUUUGCAAUGACGGUCGCGGCCCCGCGUCAGAAGCUGAAAGAUGGCGUAAUAAACAAAGACGCUAACGCGCGGCGACAGGGGUACAUCAAGAUAGGACGC